AGAUGCAACGUCCUGCCUCAUGCAUUUUCCUCUUGGUGCUUUGGUCAGAACUUCCCCAAGUGGAGUGAAACUCAGGAGCUGAGAAACCGAGUCACUGUGAAAAGAUGGGAAAUUAUCUCCUGCGAAAACUCAGUUGCCUGGGAGAGAAUCAAAAGAAGUCCAGGAACGGAAACCCAGAUGAGGAAAGAAAACGGCAGGAAAUGACUACAUUUGAAAGAAAACUUCAAGAUCAAGAUAAGAAAAGCAAAGAAGUUUCAUCCAUUUCUAAUCAGGAAAACGAGAAUGGCAGUGGUUCUGAAGAAGUGUGCUACACUGUCAUUAAUCACAUCCCCCAUCGGAGAUCUUCCCUGAGCUCCAAUGAUGAUGGCUAUGAGAACAUUGACUCCCUCACAAGGAAAGUGAGAGAAUUUAGAGAAAGGUCAGAGACAGAAUAUGCCCUUCUUAGGACUUCUGUUAGUAGGCCUUAUUCCUGCACCCAUGAGCAUGAUUACGAAGUUGUGCUUCCACACUAAAACCCUCAAGCCGCUUUAUCACCUUGUAGCAAUGAAGAUGAUGCAGAACAGCAGACUCUGGAGAAGUUCUUCACCCUGAGCAGUGCAUGAAACAUUCCUUUCUGGCUAAAGUUUAGAAAUAUUAUCUUAUUAUAUAUCCUUAGGCAACUCUGAAAUGUGGCAUCUCUGUGGUUUAGGUGGAAUCAUAGAAAUUGAAACAAUGAUCUAAAAUAUUCUAUGUGUUUUUGCUUGCAAAGUUUGAGGACAUGGAGGUGAUAAAAAAACUUUCUUAGGACAAUAAUGUAAAAUGAAAAUAAAUUCCUAAUCCCCCUGACUAACUGAAUGGACCACCUUCUGGGCCAAGGAGACCUCAGAUGAUCUUGAAAGACUGAAUUCUGGCCAUGAUAGGAAGGGAGAUGAGACACACCUUGUUAUACCCCUUCCCUUUUGGAGUUUAGGCACAAGUGACCAGGAUGAGUCAUAAGACUGAUGAAACAGACUGAUUGUGGCAAUAAGAGUCCAAAUUCCUACCUGACUCUGGUGUAGAUCACACGCUGUCUGAGGGGUUCCAUCUAUGAGACUUUGUCUACAUAACAAAGACCUUGGUUUCCACAACCCCUUUAUUUUAGCUAAAGCAUUCUUCUCUACUGACUUCUUAAGUCUUUAGACAAAGCUUAACUCUUUCAACCAAUUGCCAAUCAGAAAAUAUUUGAAUCUACCUAUGACCUGUAAACUCUCUCCUGCUUCAAGAUCUUGCCUCUUUAAGCUGAACCAAUGUGCACUUUCCAUGUAUUGAUUUGUGUCUUUGCUUGUAACUCCUGUCUCCCUAAAAUGUAUAAAACUAAACGGUAACCUGACCACCUCAGGCACACUUUCUCAGGACCUCCUGAGAGUGUACCCCAGGCCAUGGUAACUCAUAUUGGCUCAGAAUCAACCUCUUUAAAUAUUUUACAGAAUUUGGCUUUUGGUUACCAAUAAAUCUCCACAAAUAAAUGUCCAAGAAUCUUCAAUUCCAACCCUGCUCACCAAAGUUCAAAUGCCAACAUCUCCCCAUCCAAUUACCUAUUUCAUUUUUGAGGUGUAAUCUACUCAAUAAACUGUAUAAGACCAGUGACCAGACCCUUUGCUAACCUGAUAUUUACUUCAAUUUUUCUUUUUCUGUGUACUGGAGAUUUUUGCUUAUAAACUUACAGUAAUAGUUCAGAAAUUAAUAGUUUUUGACAUUGGCUUUUCUGAGAAGAAAAUUGAAAGUGUCACAAAAUAAAAAAAAAAGAUGAAAUGAAUCAUAUAUAAUUGUCCAUUUUUUCAAUUUUCUAGCCAGUAGAGGAUUGAAGGAUUCUGUUUAAAGAUUAGUAAAAAUUGAAAAUAAACUUGUGCUUAUACUUUGUGUGCAACACACUAGUUAAUUUAACCUGUGACUAGUUAUCUCUACUGAAGGUGGAUGUAUAGUUUCUGGUUUUAAAAUUCAAGCAAACUGGAAAAUGAUCCAUCUAAUUAUACUUUCUUUCCCAAGAAAUUUUUAAAUGAUAUGCCAGCUUCCUAAUUUGGAGAUAAAAGCCUUAAUUGACAAUGCAUUUAUGAUAUAUAUUUUUUGUAUAGUUACAGUAUACAAGUUGAAUAUCCCUUAGAUAGAUGCUUGAGAGCAGAAGUGUUUUGGAUUUAAGAUUUAUUUUUGGAUUUUGGAAUAUAUCCAUACACAUAAUGAGGGAGUUGGAAGAUGGGAUUCAAGUCUAAUCAUAAAAUUCACUGACAGACUGGAUUAAGAAAAUAUGACACAUAUACACCAUGGAAUACUAUGCAGCCAUAAAAAAGGAUGAG